AUGUCUUCAAAAUUGCAUAAAUAUGAAGAAGAAAUACAAGCCCUUACUUUAAUAUAUGGUGAAGAUCUUAAUGUUAUUGAUAAAUCAAAUAAGAUAUAUUCGAUAAAAAUUAUUUCAAAUGAAUAUUCUGAUAUAGAAUGUGAUUUACAAAUUAAAUUUAUUGAUGAAUAUCCUGAAAGUCUUCCACCAAUUUUUCAAAUCAACUGCAAAAUUAUUGAGCUUGAUUUCCAAAAAUUUGAAAAAGAUUUAAUUAACAUAUAUAAUGAAAAUAAAGGUGAAAAUAUUAUAUUUUUAUGGGUUGAAAAGGUAAGAGAAAAUUUGCACUUAUUAAAAAGUUCAUUCAAAACUGUUCCCAUCAAUGAUGCUGGUUUAUCUACUCAUGUAUUAUCAAAUAUUGAUAAUGACAAAAUGUUAAAAUGUAAGAAAUAUUCUGAUGAUAAUCAAAAUAAAGCUGAAAUCUCCAAUUUGAAAUUGUCAAACAAAUUUGAUAUAGAAAUAAUUACUGGCCUUCCAAUUCUGGAAAGGAAAAGUACAUUUCAGGCUCAUAUUGCAAGAGUGUUUAGUUUGUCUGAUGUACAAAAAUUUGUAACGCAAUUGAAAAUUAUUAAUAAAAAGGUAGACCAAGCUACUCACAAUAUUCUAGCCUAUAGGAUAUUAAAAAAUAACUCCCUAAUAAAAAAUGAUAAUGAUGAUAACAUAGAAUCUAAACCAUUAAAUAAUUACAUUAUUCAAGAUUAUGAUGAUGAUGGUGAAACUAAUGCUGGCCACAGGCUACUCCAUUUACUACAGCUUACGGAAGCUAUUAAUGUAGCUGUAAUUGUGUCUCGGUGGUUUGGCGGCAUUAAAUUAGGCCCAGAUAGAUUUAAGUUUAUAAAUAAUGCAGCUAGAGAUUUGCUAUCACAAAGUGGAUAUAUUAACAGUAAAAAUGAACAACUCAAAAAGGACAAAUUAAAUAAAAGGAAAUAAUACUCUUAUCAAUUUUUUUUUAUUUAUUUUGUAUAGUCUUGAUAAAUUGGGCAACUGUCUUGGGCAAAAAUCUUGGUCGCAACAGUACUCAAAGACCGGAGAUCAAAUGAACCCUUAAUUGGAGAUCAAAAUACAUACAAUUAAUGAUAAUCUUAAGACAAUAUAUCAAAUGGAAAAACAUACUAAAAAUAAUAAUCUCAUUAUUAAACAUGGUCCCAGAGAUGCUAUGUGCCCAGCCAAAAUUAGAGAUCAAAAUGCAUAAAAUUUAUAACUCCUAAUUACAAUGAUAUUCUUAAAACAACAAAACCCUUAUCAAAUGGAAAAUCUUCUUAUACUGUUUUAGAUGCUAUGUGCCCAGAUAUCUUCCUGUUUUGAUAAGAGGGUUGGCAAAUAAAAAUUCAAAUGCAUAAAAUAUAUGCCAUAUGCAAUAAAUCUACAAACAUAACCAAAGCUAGGAAGUUUCAAAUUCAUGGUCCUCCAUCCUCUAGAUGUCGAGAUUCAUGGCUACCAAGUAUAAGACCUACUGAUCCUCCAUUCAGUUUAUUAAAUUAGCAAGCACACCCUCCGACUUACCUCCAAGUCAACAAACCCAUCCUACAAUCAUGGGAUAGUGAAUUUUUAUCACUGCCCAACCAUCCCACCAUAUCCAGUAUACCACGGGGUGCACGUAAAUCUUGUGGAAUCCUUCAACAAAUUACAUUCAACUGUAAAUAAUCCUGGAAACCUAAUGGAGAAAUUUACUACGCUUCACCAAUUUCACUCUCAAAAUUCCCCAUAAUAAAAUCUAAUCAUUAAAACAUCAAUAUCUCACUUCAAUCCUGAAUCCAAUCCACUCCCUAUUGCUCGUAAGGCCAUAAUAGUUUCAAAUAAAAUAAAUAGCCUUAACAUAAACUCAGUCCUUCUUUCCAUGACUUCUGAAGACUCCUUAGCUACCAACGAGUCCACUCUAGAAGCUUUUUUAAAACACAAUAUAUGUGAUUUAGAAUUCGUUUACUCAAGCAAAAACAAUCAUAGCUCCUGAAAUCAACAUUAACGGGACAAUUAAAACCGUAAGAUCUUUUAAAAAGACUCUUCAGGAGACCUUGAUGGCAUUCGUGCCAUCAUCAUCCAAGACAUAGCCCAACAUUCCAUGUAAAGCCCUUUUACAGAACCUUACCAGGUUAUUAAAUAGAAUUCUUAAUGGGCCCCUUCAUCUAUCAUUUUUAUUUUCUAUCUUCUUUGGCGCCCGUCUAAUAACCCUCAAAAAAGGAUGGAGGUAUUCGCUUAAUUGCU